AUGCAGCUGCUGACAUUCCCUGGCACAGUCGUCUACUCCUGCCAUUUUGCUGACUGUGCUGGUAUCUGUGAUGACAUUUUAACCUCCUUGAGCAGCCUUGACCCAGUUGUGGGUUUUGAUAUGGAGUGGCCUGUGACCUUCGUCAAGGGUAAGACACCGAAGACUGCUUUGAUCCAGUUGUGCUUGUCUGAGGCUGUGUGUUAUUUAUUCCACGUGUCCGCUAUGACCUCAUUUCCAACAGCCCUGAGGAAGCUGCUCUGUGAUGCCCGUGUGGUCCUGGUAGGUUUAAAUGUUGAAGCAGACCUGGGACUUUGA